AUGUCGUCGCUCAAGACACAGAUGAGCAAGGCGGCAAAAUAUUGCUCCAAAGAGUGCCAGAAGGCGGACUGGAAGAACCACAAGCAAAACUGCCAAAACAACGCCUCUCUCGCCGAUGCGCUCAAGGAUCAUGCAGCAUCACCGCUGGGCAUGAUUGAGCGCCUCAUGCUGCCCGACGGCAUCUCGCUCUACGACCUCGACCAGCGCCUCGAGAAGUGGGUGCGCUUCCACAACCCGACGCUCAUGGGCGCCACCAUCCACGCGCUGCGCCUCCCCGAGUCCCUCGCGCGCGCGCGCACGCACGUCCUGCAUAUCGAGCUGCUCCCGCGCUGGGACCACGGCGGCGCGGUGGGCAAGUACUUCCGCGUCGUGCGCACCAAGGUCGUGGAGGUCGCGCAGGCGCAGACGUGGGCGGAGCCCUGGCCGGCCAGUCUCUCCGCGCUGCGGGAGAUGCAGGACCAGAGCGAGAGCAUGCGGCGCGGGUACGUCGCCGCGGCGAUGGUCGAGUCCCCGCCGCUUGCGGUGCAGACCGUCCCCUUUGGGUCCAUCAAGAAACUCGACUACCCGGUUGUACAGCGAUGGGAAGAGGUUCUGAUCAAAGACGUCGAGGCGGGCAGAAAGUUUGGUAAGCCUGCAUAG